AUGUACUGGCUCUACGCCGCCUCGUUCAUGCUCAUCGUCUUCUUCACGCUCCUGAACUUCUUCUUGGCCAUCGUUGUGGAUGCCUUUGAUGAGUACGACAAGCUCCACUGCACCUACAACUUCAUCUACGACCUGGGCCAAGUCCCACGGAGCCUGUACAUGCACUUCAAGCUCAAGCACCCGGGGCGCAAGCGCUUCAUCCGUUGGCUCGAGGAGGCCCUCGACGCCAUCAAGGAGGUCAAGAAGCAGCAGGAACAGGUCCGGAAGAGAUCGGGGCACAAGGGCGUCAGACACAAGGCGCCGCCGCCGACCGCGACAUCAGAUCCCUCGCUGCCGCCGCUGAUCCCUGCCCAGAAAAUCCUAGAUGAGUUUGACGGCUUCACGGAAGCAAGCCUCUGCCAUUUGCUGUGCCGGGUGGAGAAGCUCAGCACAACGCCGGUGAUCUUCUACGUGGAGGCACACGAGGACAACAACGAGCCGAAGGAGGUCGAAGACAUUCCUGAGGAGCCUUCAGCAGUGAAGAAUAUUUCGAAAGACGAGCUGAAUGUGAAGAUUGAUGAUGUGAAAGAAGAAGGUGUCAUCACCAGCAGCAUGUGA